AUGGGCUUCGCGGCUGGCAUCGUUUUCUUGUUGGCUGUAGCCAUCGCCCCGGCCUCCCUGGCUUCGCCGACUCACACCGCCAGUCCAGUAGUCGAUCUGGGGUAUGCGAGAUACCAGGGAUCUCAUAACAGUACAUACAACAUCAAUGUGUACAAAGGUUGCCUAGAAUCCGAUAUGCAGCACCCCCCUGUGGGAAACCUACGAUGGCAAGCUCCGCAGGAGCCAGAAGUGAAUCGGACUGCCAUUUUGUCGGCUGUAGACCAGCCUCCUCGGUGUCCUCAAUCUGGCGGGGCAAAGCUACCGGACGCUUACGGGUUCACAUCAGCCCUGGGCGAUGAAGAUUGCUUAUUUCUCAAUGUGUAUUCUCCACCGGGAGCAAAAGAUUUGCCUGUUCUGCUGUGGAUACACGGUGGUGGAUAUGGAUUAUACGGGGCGAUCUACGACCCUAGUGAAUGGAUGAAAACCAACAAUAAUGGCUUCAUCUCCGUCAUGAUCCAGUACAGAUUGGGCGCUUUUGGCUUCUUGGCCUCGGAAGAUGUCCAUAAGCAUGGCGUUCUGAAUGCCGGUCUGCUGGAUAUGCGUUUCGCUCUCAAAUGGACCCAACAACACAUCUCUCAAUUCGGCGGCGACCCUUCUCGUGUCACGGUCGGAGGCGAAUCAUCCGGGGCUGGCGCGGCAAUGUUGCAGGCGAUGGCUUACGGAGGUCGAGAAGACCACCUUUUCAGUAAUGCAAGGCUUCCCUUCAAUAUUUUAAUCAUCGUCGCAAGUCCGUACACACCCACUCAGUAUCAUUACAACGACACAGUGCCCACCAACAACUAUUAUGAUUUUGCAGCUCGAGCAGGCUGCUAUCAUGGACGACACACUCCUGAUUCAGUAUUUGAAUGUCUUGUACGUUCAGAUACCGAUACACUGCAAUAUGCCAGUGGCAACAUAUCCACGUCGGGCGCCUGGGGCACGUUUGCAUUCUUGCCUGUCUCAGACGGAGAUUUCAUUCGCGAGCUUCCCUCCAAGCAGCUCCUUCAAAAGAAGAUCAGUGGGAAGCGUAUCUUAUCGGGUAACAACGCAAAUGACGGUGUCCCGUUAAGCCCUCCAACAAUAACCACUGAUACGGAAUUCUGGAGAUAUGUCAAAUCGACAUUCCCUCUUUUCACCAAUUCCGACUAUAUCGCUCUUUUAGCCGCAUAUAGAUCAUGGAUCUCUCCAAACGGCUCAAUACCUCUCUACGACACUCUCGGUGACCGCGGCCUAACGGCGUUGAAUCAAUCCGAAUUCGCAAACGGUCUACAACAGACAAUCUUCGAUAUAUUUGCCGAAACAACCUUUGACUGUCCAUCAUAUUGGCUAGCAGAUGCAUUUUCAGGAGCUCAGGGGAAAGAGAGCUGGAAAUAUCAGUAUUCCGUCACACCAGCAUACCACGGAGCUGAUUUGAAAGCGUAUUUCUCUGUUGGCGAGGAAUUCCCUACACAGGGAUUCAAACAUGCAUUUCAGAAGAUCUUGGGCAACUUCAUUGUCAACGAUACGCCGAUUAUAUCUACUCAUGAUGCAAAGGGUGGCGCUUGUAAUGCCACGGUGCCUCGCGGUACGGAUGGCAAUAUUUCCUGGCCAAGGUGGCAUGAGUCUUCGCCGGUAUUAAUGAACCUGAAUACAACUGGGGGGACCCUCGUUCGGGACACAGUCACAGAUCAUCUGGCCUAUUGGCUCCGGAAGGAUCCCGGUGUUACAAACGACUUCCGUCUAGCUGAUGCAGCAACCUGGGAAGGUGGACGCAGACUGCGGUGUGAUUUCUGGCGAAGUGUUGGUCCGCGAGUACCUCAAUAG